UUACCAAAGGACAUGGCCCCAGGAAACCACUCCCUAGUGACUGAGUUCAUCCUGGCUGGGUUGCCGGAGAAGCCAGAGCUGCAGCUGCCCCUCUUCCUCCUCUUCCUGGGGAUCUACGUGGUCACGGCGCUGGGGAACCUGGGCAUGAUGGCCCUGAUCGGGCUCAGUGCUCCCCUACACACCCCCAUGUACUACUUCCUCUGCAGCCUCUCCUUCAUCGACUUCUGUCAGUCCACCGUCAUCACCCCCAAAAUGCUGGGGAGCUUCGUGACAGAGAAGAACACCAUCUCCUACGCCGAGUGCCUGGCUCAGCUCUACUUCCUGUGUGUGUUUGCAAUCGCCGAGUGCCACAUGCUGGCCGCCAUGGCCUACGACCGCUACGCGGCCAUCUGCAAGCCCCUGCUCUACCACGCCACCAUGUCCCACGGAGUCUGCUCCCGGAUGCUGGCUGGCGUGUGUGGUGUGGGAUUGAUUGGUGCCACGGCUCACACGGUCUGCAUGCUGAGACUGAAGUUCUGCCGGGCAGACAUAAUACACCAUUACUUCUGCGAUCUUUUCCCGCUCCUGGAGCUCUCCUGCUCCGGCACGUUCAUCAACGAGGUCAUCAUUCUUUGCUUCAGCGCAUUUAAUAUCAUCGUCCCCGGCCUCACCAUCCUGGGCUCCUACGUCCUCAUCGUGGCCAGCGUCCUGCGCAUCCGCUCCACGCAGGGCAGGGCCAAGGCCUUCGGCACCUGCGGCUCCCACCUCUUGGCCGUCAUCGUCUUCUUUGGCACUCUAGCCUUCAUGUACCUGCAGCCGUCCUCCGUGAGCUCCCGGGACCAGGGGAAGGUGUCCUCUGUGUUUUACACCAUCGUUAUCCCCAUGCUGAACCCCUUGAUCUACAGCCUGAGGAACAAGGACGUCCAAAUAGCCCUAAAUAAAGUCCUGAAAAGAAACAAGUUUUCUACAAGAAAUUAG